AUGUUGGGAACAAUCAACAUCAUAAUCACGUUGACACUGAUUUGCAGUCUCUUGUUGGUUGACUACAGUCUUGGAAAUGGGCUGCUGCAAAUCGUCCUGAGGUACAGCUGCCGAGCGGUCUGCUACGUGAGAACGGUGAUCAGGGAAGAGGCCAAGCGAAUGGUGACUGACAAUGAGACGCCGAUGAAUAUACCUGUCCUCAUAUCAGAAGUUUUGUUUCUCACCGUCCUAACUGUGAUACUGAAUAGAUAUACCCAAUUAAAGGCCAGAGAUCGUAUCGACGACCUUCUUCAGCAAAGCAGGCACAGGCUCCGAUGUACCAACGAGUAUCUAAACAGAUGGCGAAGUAAAAGAGCUAACUAUGAUCAAUCUUAUCUAGACGAAGAGCCACAACAAAUCGAGCCGUUGAAACUGGAGAUUCCGAUACUUCACAUGGCCAUUAUAGACACCCGUGGACCUGGCAGGAGCCAGCAUGAAAGGGGGGACGCUGGAGACUCCAUGAGCGGCAAUGAAUCCACCCUGGUGUCUGUGAGGUCGCUCUAUGAUGAUGACUCGGAAUCGCUGCUGGAACACGCGGCUCGAGCAGCCGAUGAGACCCACGUCACCGACAACACCAACCGUAGCCUUUGGAACGUUCAGGAAGAAGAUCUACACGAGUUGCAAGAA